GCUCCUCGUAGUGCCGCCGCCAGUCGCGCUGCGACCCGCGCCGACGUCGCACCUCGUUUGCGUUUACUUUUAUAUCAUUCAUGCUAAUCUCCGUUUGAUUUUCCUGCUGGGUGACCGCAGUGAGACGCGAUACCGCGAGUGCCGAAUGUUAGUGGACGUCACGCUCGUGUACUUUUCCAUCGGAAUCCAAACGCGCCCACAAAACCAGUUCGGAGUGGCGGACGGCGCCUUCGGAUGAGAUUUGACGUCGCCGUGACCCGCGGCCUGAGAUGCUGCGCCCGUGACCGUCUUACGACAGUACCACGAAACCGCGUCCAAUGAUCUCAGCGAGCCUCCCCGGCGAGGCGCUGGUCCAGCUCGGGCAGCUGCAACUGAGCCACCUGUACCCGCCUCCGACGAUGACGCCGGAGUUCCUAGCGCCGCCGCCGCGGCCGUACCCGCGCUACGCGCCCCGGCGCCCGCGGGACCCCAUGCCCGCGCCCCCCGCGCCGGCGCCCUUCCCCCCCGUGCCGACCGCCUACUCCCCGUUCCUGCCGCACCCGGCGUCGUACGCGCCGUACCUGUACCGCGCGCGGGCCCCGCAGCCGCCAGCAUACCCGAUACGUAACAGGCACUCGUCGGGCUUCGUGCCGCCCGCCCCGGCACCGCACUCGCCGCACUCGCCACCUGUGUCGGCGCCGGCUCCUCAACCACCUCCCAGAGAAGAGCCGCCUAUGUCACCAGAGCGAGGGGCGCCCGCACCGUACUUCUGUCGCGGAGCGCUAAUACGGCUAGAAGAUGGCACUCUGAGGCGAGUGGAGGAGAUGAGGACGGAGGACUUCGUGAUGAGCGCGGAACGGAGUGGAGACCUCUCGCUAACGCAGUGCACGCUGCUCAGGCUGGACGAGCGAGGCGACAGGCUCGCCCUCACACUUGCAUAUGAUAGAAAUCGUUCACAAGUAGAGCUAGAAUCAACAGUGGAACAUCCGUUCUUCGUGUACGGUCGCGGUUGGGCGUCGUGUAAGCCUGAACGCACCCUAGCAAGAUACGGACUCCGGGUACAGAGAUUGCAAGUUGGCGACGUGUGCGUGUCUUUAGUGGCGCGCAAACCGACGCCGCCAAGCACGGGCCUGUCAGCCGCCCCGCCACAGACACAUCCAGAAAACCUCAGUGUGAAAGAGGACGCUAGGAAACGCCGAUGGUCCGCGUCCGACGUAGUCGACGAUGGCCCCCCAUUAAAAAAACGUUGAAGCUCUACAGUUGCAGCGAAGAGAUCUUUAGUCAGAAACAUUCACUUCGAGACUCUGGUUUAGUACGUACGGAUGAAUCCGUCGUAUCUAUCCAAUCGAGACUCGAAAGACUCGUGACAGGUACUAUCGCCACGUACGCGUGGGCAGAUAGAUCACCCCAGUGAUUUAAAUGCGUCCCUUAGACGCAUAUAAUAUUAUGUAAUUAUUUCUAUAGCGAUCGGCAAUCCACAAUCGUACGCUUAAUAAUCUAUUUGGAAACUAGGUGCUUUUUACAGUCGGGUGCUUCUAUAUGAGUUCGUGUACGAUAUUGUAAAUAUCUAUAUGUAUCUUAAGUCAGUCAAUCAUCUUGUUGCUGAUAACAAUGUAUCAAGAAAUUCACAGCGUUUAGUAGGUUCACAUGGAAUGCGACAUAUCAAUAAAUUCGAAGGGCAUAGUUAAUUCACGCAUAUGUCUUGUCAAUACGAUUUUACCCGAUACAUGGCUUUACGAUGAAAAAAUGUAAAUUUUAAAUUUUUCACUUCGAUCGAUACCUACUAGUGUUAAAAACUCGCUGAUACAUUGUAUUCUGUAAUUUUUGGAACCAAAGCUCCAUAGUUCUUGAAUUCCGAUCGUCCUGGGUUUUUUUUAAUAAAUCGCUAUUUUUAAAAUAGAUGAUUGAACGUUACAAUAACGCUGGGCCGCGUUUACGAGCUGGCUAGUAAUGCUGCAACGUAGGCGCCGCAAUAAUGACGUACGUACGUCACAUUGUAUUUUAAGCGUAAUUUUCAUAAGCACAAACAAAUCGUAAACUACCAGAUCUUUAUAUAGGAUAGAUAUUGUGAUAAUUAAUGAGAUUUCAAAUCGCCAGUCUGCAGAUUAUCGUGCUUGCGGUAGUGUCCAGACAAAUUGUUAAAGGUACAAUGAAUGUUAGAUGACAGGUGAUGUGUGCUUAUAUGUUGACUGAAUAGAGCUUGUGGGUUUUCGGAAGGUUCCUUUCAAUGUUGUUUUACGCGCAGUCAUCGUUUCGUACUUCCCUCAUGGUUGUGACUGCAGACAUAUCCAUACGAUGCUUCGUCGUUUAUUCGUUUUCGUAGACUUCGACUGGGCAUUUUUUUGAUACCUUCUCAUUCGCAUAGGUAGGUUACGGUAGUUUCUUCUGAACUGACAAACACUUCUGACAAAUAAUUCGACUUUAUUAUUAUUAAAUGUUGUUAAUAUCUAUAUAAUGUAUAAAGAUAUAUAUUUAAUGGUCAUGGUUAUUAGAUGCCAUCUCUAUUGGUUUUUUAACGUCCAUGUGUGAUACACAUAACUUUUCUAUGAGAAGAUGUAUACAUAAUAAACACACAGUCUGUGAUAUUUUGUAGUUAUUGGUGAGAGUAGGUAUGAAGUAUUGCUUGAAUAAACAAAAUAUAGAUGUUAAGAAUAAUAAGCGCGUUAUUGGUAAGAGAAAUGUAUAGUUAAUUUAAACGGCAAUAGAAACGAAAAUAUAUUUAAAUAAACAACAAAUUAGUGUCUGUGAUUAAUGCACAUAUAUCGUUAUCUGGUAUAACGAAUAUGCAUGGCCAUAUCAAAAAUAAAUAUAUUCUUAAGAAAUUAUGUAAGAAUUCGCAAAUAAACUUCUAAUUGAACAGUUAUGUUGUCAUAACAGUCCUGGAUUGUAAUGAAAAGCUUUCACACACUUCGCCAAUUGAAAAUUAGCACAAUACUAUUUCAAAUAUAUUUUAUACAGCUCUUCCAGAUUUAACAUUGGACGAAGUCUGUGAAAACCUUCUCAGUCCAGCUUUAUUGCUAAAUGAUUAUAAUUUCUGUAGCUAAUGUCUAACUGCAACUUGGCAAUUAUACGGCAAUAGUUAUCGAAACUUUGUUCUAGUAAAAUACGAUAUAUAUGUUCAUGAAAAUCCUUCCAUUACUUCUAAAAUAUUAUCAAAAAGAGCGUUAUAUUAUAUUUAAAAAAAUUAGUAUCGUGAAAUUGUAAUAUUCGUAUUUUACCCAUACAUUUAAAUUCAUUCAGAUUAAAACACAUUUCUUUAUAUAAGCAUGUACCUAUAUUCCACACUUCCAACAUUAUUUAUCAGAAUUUACCCUAUGCAGAACCCAACACAUAAUAGCAAGGAAACGAAUUGUAAUAUUUAAGAAGGAACGCUUCAUUGUACCGCACACGAUGCGUGCUUGUUAUUUGUAUGUUAAAGUAUCGACUAUAUAGACUACGAACACACCAUUUAUAGGAAGGGUGUCGUAAGAGUUAAUAAUUUGUUGUAUAAUAUAUGUAAUUCUAGUUUUAUCGUCUUAUAUUAUUAUUUGUAAUUGUAAUGAAAGAUCUCAUUUUAUUAAUCGGUAUUUUCUAACAAGGCGCUUUCAUUAGAUCAUGACUAAGCCUACCUCACAAACUUUAAGACUAGCCUCGCUACGCCGAGCCGGUCGUAUUCAAGUCUAAGCAAGAUCUCAAUUUGAUGAAAAUAAACUUUUAAAAAGACUGGGAUGCUUUACUGAAUGUUGUGGGAUAGUAGUUUCUUCGAAGAUAUUACUUAAAUUAUGAGAUAGGAGCAUUUAUUUUGUUUUCGGAAGCGCUAGCUCCGUUUCCGACAGGAUGGACAAUCGUUUAGUACAAAAUUCGUGACAAAAAGUAUUAUUUCCCAAAAUCCAAAUUCAAAAAAGUAUUAAUUUUUCCGCUGAAAGGUGCUAUCACGGUACGUGAAAAUGGAUGCACUAUGAAGCCUAAGCACAUUUAAUAAGUUAAAAUAGUAUUGGCACAAUCGAUGUUCUUCCGCGCCUCUAGUGUGUUACGUCGUUGUAAUUUAUAACAACUGGUUACAGGUAUGUUGUAUCUUAUGUUAACACCGAUUAACUAAUUCAUUCCCUUGAUUCGUACUACCAAUGUUUACUAUUUUUGAUUCGAUAUUUCGAAUAAGGCCAAUCUAAUUGAUGUACAAAUAAAUCGUGUUUUACCCCAGACAAAUUAAGCAAUUAUUUUUUUAAAUAUCGUAAUAUUCUCUUACUAUUGUUAUAUCAGUAAUAUAUAAAUUGGUUUAAAUUGCUUCUUAUUAAUUAAAAUUAAAAGCUUGUUUCCGCAAGUGUUUUGUUAUAUAGCGAAUAAUCGUUAAUAGUUUCAUUUAUUGUAAAAUUGAUUUUAAAUCAUUAUUUUCAAUACGCUACGUUUUCUUGUUAACUCGAGUGAAUGAUACUGUAUGACUGAGUUAUAUAAGUGUUGUAUAGUUACAAUAAAUCGCAUUAAAUAAGUUUUAAAUGUUGCCAAUGUUAAAAAUGGCCAGUAAUGGUUCAAAUAUUACUAUAGUUACAAUAGCCAAGCUGAUAUUUUGACACAAAUGAUUGUGCCAUCCUUGUUUUCUCGGUGUAAAAAAAUGACCAAUGGGUUCGAUACCCGCCAAUUUGAUAUUACAUCUAAUAAUAAUAUGUGAUAAUUGAUCGCAGUUCAUUGUCUAAAUAUCACAAAAAUAUUGUCACUAACUGUUUUUCAAUAUUUAGCCAAUCGCAGAACGGGAAUACUGUGUCAUUUUAAUUAAUAAAUAGAUAUUAUGAAUUGUUAUAUAUGACAAAUAUAUAUGUAUAUUUUAUUGUAUAGCGGAUUGAGUAAUAUUUCAGAUUAAUGUAAAUUGAAGUGUUAUAGACCGAGAUAUGUUAAACUAAGUUAACUGUUUGUAAAAAGAAAGAGAAUAUGUAUAAUUGAAUAUUUGCUA